AAACUCAAUCUUUUCUAUACGGGAUCUCGAAAUUGCUGCUGUUCGAAACGAUAGCGCCAUGUUUGUGAGCUGCCCUCCGCCGAAUCCCGCGAGGCACCUGGUCGAGAGUCUCAGGCAGGCUCGCAUUAUCCCGGAUGCGCUGAACUGCGAGCCGCAGGCAGUCAUUCAGGUGCUGUACCCUUGCGACAUCGUUGUGGAGCCAGGCAUCACCAUUUCAGUCGAUGAGGCGGUCAAAGAGCCUAUCAUUCGAUGGAAAUCGGAUGCGAGCAAGCUCUACACCUUUGUGAUGAUCGACCUGGACAUGCCAAAGGCCAAGGGCCAUUACCUGCUCUGGCUGGUGGGCAACAUCCCCGGAUGCGAUGUGGUGCGGGGGGAGAAGAUUGUGGCCUACAUGGACAAGCGCUCGUCGGAGGGCAAGGAACUCCAUCGCAGUCUCUUCCUGGCCUACCGGCAGUACCUCGAGUUGGACUUCGCCGAGCCGUACCUGACGGCCGCCGACACGGAGGGACGUGCCCAUUUCGAUGUGAAUGGGUUCGCGAAGAAGUACGCCUUGGGUAGUCCCAUUGCCGCGAAUUUCUUUGUGGCCAAGUGGGAAUGGGCUUGGAAUUGGACUGCCGAUUAAUUUUGUUUAAAAAAUAAACCAAUGAGCAAUUUAGAAAUAGA